AGCCCGAGCGCCCAGCGGGUGCUCGCACCCGUAACUCGCAUGGUCUCAAUGGCGACAUUGCCAGCCAUCUGCCGCUCGCCACCAUCCACCCAGCCUCCCCUUGCGGUCGGCCUUCUUGCCCUGCCCUGCCCUGCCCUGCGCCUAUCGGUUCUGGUUCUUUCCCACUCACGCAUCUGUCCCGGCUCUACUGCUCUCCGUCCUGCGUCGUUCCCUUGGCCGCAUCUCGCACCGCCACUCCCUAUCGCCCAUGCCGCACUCCAAUACUCUGCAUCAUCGACUGGAUGCAGACCAGCCGCCCCCGCCGCCGCCGCCAUCGACGUCCAUCAAGCGCAUGUCAUCGAUGAUCUCCAGCAACCGUGCGAGUGAAAGCGACGCCAAGCGCACUGCUGUGGCCUCAGAUGGGGAGAGACUGGACUUCAAGAAGAACUUUUUCAUCCUCAGCCAUGCGGGCAAGCCUAUCUACUGCCGAUACGGUGACGAGUCCAAGCUCUCUGGCCACAUGGGCGUCAUGCAGGCGAUCCUCUCGUUUCACUCCACCGACGACGAUGAGCUGCAAUCUGUCGAGGCCGGCACCCAUAGAUACGUCUUUCUGCGAGGCGGACCGCUGUACCUUGUGGCGGUUUCGUCGACGGGCGAAUCGGAAACACAGCUGCGACGCCAGCUCAAGCACCUCUACAACCAGAUUUUGUUCAUCCUGACGCAGUCUCAACUGGAAAAAAUCUUCAAAGAGCGCGAAAACUACGAUCUGAGGCGUUUGCUCAUGGGAACCGAGACGUUUUUCGACAACAUGGCCGAUCAGUUUCUGCAGAGUCCUGGAUAUUGCUUAGAGGCGAUAGAAUGCGUCAAAAUGGAGCGCGGCCUCCGCGAGCAGAUUGGCAAGUUGUUCUCGGCGAAUGUACCACAGAGCCUGCUCUUUGGAGCCAUGUUUGCCGGGGACCGCCUUGUUACUCUCAUACGACCAAAGCGGCAUACCCUGCACCCGACAGAUAUUCGGCUAAUUACGAAUAUGGUCACAAGCUCCACGUCCUUCCAGUCGGUUGAGAGUUGGACACCGAUCUGUCUGCCGCAUUUCCACUCGCGUGGAUUCUUGCACGCCUAUGUCUCGUUCAUCGGUAGCUCCGAGCUCUAUCUCGUCCUCAUCUCCAACGAUCGCGAUGCGUUCUUUUCCAUGAGCGCCUACAAGGACGAGAUCGUCGAGGGAGUUAGCAAGCAGCCGGGACUCGCGGACCAGCUUGAGGGCUCGCUGUACGAGAAAACGUACUCUCUGAAGGACGUCGGCAUCCCCGGCCUGCGUCACUUUGUGUACAAAUCCAAGGCCCUCAUGCAGUACAUCCAAGCAAGCCGCAAUCCGCCGUACACAAACAGCAGCGACUACGAAAGGCUCCUGAGACUGUAUCAGUAUUCACACGCCAGGUCGAAUGAGGCAUCGUUUGGAGUCAAGGUCGGCUAUUUUGCGGCAGAGUCCGAGUCCGUUCUUGCAUGGAUCACCCAGCAGAGCGAGCUGUACGUGACUCUAGAUCCAUUUGCAACCAAGAUCGAUGCCAUCUCGAUCGCCCAGAAGCUGCAGAAGUGGAUCAAGGCGCACGAGGAGCUCGUCUUCCUCGACCGUGCUGUUGUAUUCUAGAGUAAUUAUCUUCCAUUCCUUGUGCAGUCAUGUUGCCAAAACAUUGUUUUGAUUCUCCCUCAGCGAGACGCACCUUCCCCACCCCCAGCUCAAUCAAGAGAGAACAAGUCGCUUGAACCAAUCCAUUCAAUGGUGCCCCAUCGGGUCAUUGCAGCACAUUUGGAACGAAACGGGACGCUUCAGCAAGUGGGUGGCUACUAUGGGUUGACUGGUGUGGUCGACUCGGCCGAGGGGAUAUCGGGGUCGUGGACAGACUCCAUGGAACGGACGCCGAGGGAGGUGCUUUGGCCCACUCGAUCGUUGCUGGCCGAGUAUGAUAUGAUCCGAUUAGAACGGAUGGCGUGCCCCGCAGUUUAUUCCAACACGCUUUACAUCACUG